GGUCUUGGCAGUUUGAAGUUUGAUUGAUGCAGAAAAUUACCAAGAGUUUCAGAAUCUUAGAAGAUACUGGACUUUACCUCCGGGUUACGCGGGAGCUUUGACAAUAGAUUAAGGAAUGAAAUAUUUGGUACCCAAACAACGCUAACAUUAAUUUGAAGCAGUUAUGCACUUCUUAUAAUAAUUGGUUUGAAUUGAAAAUAUAAUUUAAUACAAAAGGAUAUGAUUAACUAUUGAUAUCAGCUUUAUCAUAAAUAUAUACAACAGUUUGGGUUCUUGGAAUAAUAACUUAUCACUAUCAAGUUCGUCCUUCCUCAUAUUUAAUAUUAAUAUAAGCUUCAACAUUUUUACGAAAGGUUUUUCAUAAACAUAUUCACACAAUAUCACCUAUUGGACAAAUUGGGGAUAUCCACGAAGACCAUAGAAGGUAUGUUGUAUUUUUUUUUCCGUACCCCAUUAAAUCACCAUUCGCUUCGAUGUCUAUACAUUACCAAUGGAUAAUAUAAUCUUUAUUAAAAAUAUCUGCAGUUUUGUGGGAUUUCUUUUACAAAGAAAAUACUAUAACUUGCUUAUAACGUAGAUACCUGAACUGAUUUCUAACAACUAUUGCAUUAGGGGUGAUGUAACUUCUUCAUUUAAAUGUCGGAAUUUUGGAACAAAUUCACUUUAAACUUGAAUUCUUAAAGGUAAAUAAAUUCCUUUGUGGUUACAUUGGUUAAAAGGCAUAUUCACAAUUUAGAUCAGAUUAUAUUUUGAAAAAGACACUCUAGAAGGCUAUAAUUAUAAUAAAAAUGAACAUUUCAUGCUGAAUUAUUAUGUGCAAAUGAAGUAAUUCUGGUAUUUACUUUGAACUUCUUAAUUGCAUGAAUUAAAUAAUCAAUAUCAUGUACUUGUCUAAAAUCGAUAUGUUUGGAAUAUAAACACUAAUUUAAACUAAAUAAAGUUAGAAGUCCAAUAAAAUAAAUUUUCAAAUGAGAAUUCCUGGCUUAUCGAUAUAAGUCAUAUCAAAGUGCCCGAAAAUAUUUUUCACCAAUUUGAAAUCAUCCUUCGAAUAUGGAUAAAAAUUGUUAUGAAUUAUGGAAAAAUAGCAAAAAACGUCACAUCAAUAUUGUAGACUUUUUAACUUUACACAAAAAUGAUCCAUUAGUUUUUUGCUAUUGAUGAUAUAUACAAGAAUAGCUAGAGUUUGAAAUUUAGAACCUCCAGAAAUCAUUUCUAAUUUUCUUCGAGGAUUAUGAGCAAGUAAUCAUUUCUAAAGCUGAAAUUAUCCUCCCUUAAGCUGUAGCCGCUCUGACUUUGUAAGCAUCAGUUGAAGCAAAUAAUUUUUAUCUUUGAUUCAAUUGAAAAUUCGAAAAAUCUUUUUGGACGAAAACUGCACAUUUAUUCCAAACUAUAGAAUGGGCUGUAGUCAAUAAGUCCUUUGUCCCUAUUUAAACUGUUCUUAAAUUAAACAAUCCCAAUGCUUUCAAACGCAUUCAGUAAUUUAUUAUUGAACAAAUUUUUCAACAAGUUAAAUUAUUUUUCAGUUUGUCCAUAUUUUAAAUGAGCUAAAUGCAUUAACGGAUCUCUUAGUCCGUCCAACAUACUUUCUGUCACAAUCACUACAGCUAAUUUCAUAGAUACUACUCUGAUCACAUUUGGUAUUUUAUCUUUAGGAUUACCCAACAAUUGUUUCAAUGUAUAGCUGGAUUUAUAAACCAAAUUCAAACCCACUCUGUGAAAAAUUCCUUCCACUCAUUUCAUAUAAACAGGAUUAAAUGGUACCAGAUCAAAUUUUUCUUAUUUUUCACUUUGUUUUUCUUAAACCCAUGACGGUGGAGGAACCUAUCUACAAUUGUCUCAUAAUCGUUGAGUACAGCAUUAUUCUCAAUAAAAUGAAAAUGAAUCAGCCGGGAUGUAACUGCACGUAUCGGUGUUUUUCCUAAAUCCAGCAAUUUCUAGCCUAAAUCACUUUAGUAAUGAAGAAUAAUAAUAGGCUAGAAUGUGAUGAUGGAAAAAUUUGCUAUAAAAUAGAUUUGGGUAAUAAUGGAAAGUAAAAAAUCCGAUGAAUACCAUGUAUCAUUCAAUUUGAUUAACAAUACAAGAAAGAGCCGAUUUCCAUGGUAUAUUUAUUUUUGUGGUUGGAUAGCUGAUCUGUUGAUUAUUUCCAACGGAAUGGUGAUGGCGUGGUCGUCCCCUGUCUUACCUCAAUUACAGUCUAAUAAUACAGAUAUUAAUCCUCUGGGAUCAGCGAUAAGUACAUUGGAAGUCUCCUUAAUAGCGACAAUUCCAGGGUUGAGCGCCACAAUUGCCUUCUCAUUCUGGGCAAAAAUUAUAGACAAAAUUGGCAGAAAACAAACCAUGAGAUUAAUAUCUAUAUUACUGUUAUGUAGUUUAAUCACAACUGCUCUCUCUAGAUAUAUAUUUAUAUAUUACAUAUCAUUGGCAGUAACAGGAGCUAGUUUAAGUGGAGGACUAUUAUCAGUUGCGGUUUACAACACCGAAAUCGCAGAAGAAAAUAACAGGGGACAAUUGAGUUGUAUGAUGGCAACGCAUCUACCUAUUGGAAUGCUUCUUAUGUAUAUUUUUGGUUCUAUGACAGGCGUAAGAAGCUUAACUUUAAUUUGUAUAAUACCAGUGAUUCUUCAUCUUUCAUUCUCUUUCUGCAUUCCCGAAUCUCCAGUUUUUUUAUUAUCAAAAAAUAGAUUAUCUGAAGCUUCUAAAGCCUUACGCAAAUUAAGACGCCUAGAAAGCUCAGCUGAUGUGGAUUUUGAAUUUAAGAAGAUAAAAGAAACGUCUAUAGAUACAUUUGAGAAAUCGAGCUUUUUUGAGAUAAUUAGAGAUCCGUGUGCAAGAUUGGCAUACAUUCUUAGCAUGCAGCUUUUCAUAAUAGAACAAUUCUCAGGUAUCUUAGUGAUCGUGAUGUAUGUCGCUCCAAUAUUCAAUGAAUCUGGAUCCGCGCUGUCUGGAAAUCAUGUCGGCAUCGUUGUGGGGGUGGUAAAACUGUUAACAUUUUCCUUGGCGACUUAUUUCACUGAUAAACUAGGAAGAAGAAUUUUGCUAUUAAUUUCUACGUUUUUGUGUGCAAUUUCUAUGUUUUUUCUUGGUUUAUACUUUUACCUAAAGCAUGUAGGAUCUCCUAUAGUUGAAAAUUUACAAUGGGCACCAAUUCUAUGUGUAGUUUUAUAUAUUACUGUCUAUGCAUUCGGCUUAGGAAGUGUACCAAUGGCAUUUGCUGGAGAAGUGUUCCUAGAUCGUUUGAGAGUAAGGGGUGUAGCUUUAGUAAUGAUAAGCGUCGGUUGUUUCUCGAGCGUAAAUACUUUUUGUUUUCCUCUUAUAGCAAAUCAUUUUGGAUUGUAUUGCGUCUUUUGGAUUUGCAGUAGUACAAGUAUAGUUGGACUUAUAAGUAUUUAUUUCAGUAUUCCAGAAACUAGAGGUAAGACUUUUGAGGACAUUCAAAACAUCUUAAAAAUGCGUAUGAAAAGAUGACAGAAUUGUCUAAUCUCACUUCAUUCUUAGUAAAUGGGAAAGAAAGUAAGCGACGAAAAGAAAGCAAUAUUAUUGUAGCAAACUAAUUUUAUAAUCAAAAUGUGCGCAUUACGAUUUUUAAAUAUAAGUAUUGCAAUUUAUAUUUUUUUAUAUAUCUAUGUUUGAUGUCAAUAUGAUUCAAGUGUAUUUUUUAAUAUAAUUAACAAACGAUAUUGCUACUAGCUUAUGACAUAAUCUUUACUAUCCUUGCUAAUAUUAUAAAUUUGAAAGUGUGGAUGUUUGUUACGCUUUCGCGCAUAAGCUACUUGACGAAUCAUCUUGAAACUUUUUACACAUAUUCUGGAAGUACUAGAAAUAACCUAGUCUACUUUUUAUUAAUAAAAUAUUUUUUACAAAAAUAAAAAAAAAAUUGUCAACAAAUAUCAACAUUUUGCUACUUCAGCGCCAUCUAACAUACAGAACUUCAAACCCUAAAUCCUAUAUUAUCGACGUACGAUAUUACCGACGGUCAAGUCAAUAUCUAUUUAAUCUAUGCGUCCAAUUCAAUUGACUAUAGUUUCAGCUGUUUGGAAUUUUUGAAAUUAGGUACAAUGGUACCUUCGGUGACAGUCACUGGAAGCGUAUGUCUAAAAAAUGCGUCGGAAGCGUAAAUCUACAUUGUCUAAAAAUUUUUGAUGGUUCCGAGUAGUAAAAGUUGCACGAAAUCAAGAAUCUUCGAUUCGUGGAGAGCUGUGAAGACAACAGCAAGCAAGGCGACAAUGUGAUUUGAGUGCUGCUGAAACACCUCUUCAGACCCAACGUCGUUUAGAAAGACAUGCUCAGCAGCGGGUAACUAGAAGAGCGAUAGAAACGCCAGAACAAUCACAUGUUUGGAAAAUUGUUCGAGCAGAAAUAGAUACCACACGCCGUCGAAAUUUCAUGUGUGAGGAGUGGUCCGUAUUUAAUGAUACUGGAUUAAUAUGACCCUACAAUGGAAUAUCACAAUCAUCCUCUAAUUGUUAUUCCCUCAAUGAAUAAAAAAUGUCAAUAAUAAUGAAAUUGCUCGAGAGCUAGAUAAUGAUUUCAUAGGACUACAACAUCAAGUGACAGAAUUAGUCCCUCAAUUACUUCCAGAGCAAAAUCAUAUUUUCCAUCAUGUUUUACGUAGAAUAGACUCCGGUAAUGGUGGACUCUUCUUUACCGACGCGCCAGGAGGAACCGGAAAAACGUUUUUGCUCAACUUAUUACUAAUGUCCGUCAAAAAAGACCAGAAAAUAACAGUUGCCCUUGCUUACAGGAAAAUACAUUUGUUAUUGUAUUACAAUAAAGCAUGUUGUGAAACUUCAUAGUAUGUAGUAAUUUUUAAAAAUCGAUAAUACUAACCAAGCAAUAAAAUAAAAUUAUCUUAUUGAUAUAUUUCUAUUAUAAUAAUUUCUGAUACUUAUUUAAUGGAUUCGAUGCGAGCGAAGCCGCGGGUAAAAGCUAGUUUGUUAUAAAAUAACUGACAAAGUUUUACAACAUUUUUUCUGUUGACAAGAAACCAAAUAUCACUUUAUUUUAGAACACUUCAUUAUACAAUAAAGUUACAUUUCCUUUACAUCAAAAGUACAAUUAUCGAAUGAGCAUUGCAGAGACUCUAUCGAGCGAAUCGUAUAAUGUUUGGGCUGCAUGUUAUGAUACUCGCUCUAUUAUGCACAAGACAUAAAUCAUUGAACACAUUUGUAGCAAAAACCUCGAAUCUAUUUUUACGAGUUACAUCCGUCACAAAUUACGUCGAUAUAUUAUGGAUUGAACCAAUUAUUACGAUUACUUGAUAUAGUCCGAUCAAUAGAGACAUUUAAAAUAACAAAAAUUCCCGGAAAGCCAAAUAUUAGUGGAGAGCUGGGGUUUACCAUUACAAAUAAAGUUUUAAAAAUCCCCAUCGAUCCAAUGAGUGCUCAAAUUCGGGGUCAAAGGUCAAUAUUUGAGGUUUUUUGAGUAUCAAGUAAGUGAGUUUUAUAAAAAAAAAAUAUAUCAAAGCUGUAGAUCUUAAAAUUCUCUACAAAAAUGGUUUCAAUAAUAAUUUUUUCGUAAGAGUUACCAUUCCUGAGAUAUCGUAAUUCUAAGAGUCACAUUAUACGCAUAUACAUAUCAGGAACUUAAGACAAGUAUAAAUACCUAUUUGAGUACAUAUAUUAUACUAUUCUGAAAACAUUUAUUCAAAAGAUAGUCAGUCCCUAACUGAAUUUCCUCUACCCACGUAUACUUAAAAAAUAUCUGGCUAUUCUAUUCUCCGUAGCUCUUGUUCUUUAAGUGUUAAAGGUUCAGCUUAUUACAAGCGUCUACCAUUUAGGUUAUUUGUGCUAUUUUAUAGCUCAAAAAAAUGUCUCAGUUUCUCAGCAAUGUACAAAAGGGGCAAAACGUCCGUAUUCAAAUUAUUCGAAAAAAAAAGAUUUGAUUGACUGCGUUAAAAUAUUCACAGACAUUGAUUCUACACCUCAAACAAUAAUUAAGGAAGGAAUUCGCUUUCUUUUCGCUGUUUAUGGAUACUUAACAAGAUAACAAGAAACAAGUACAACCAUCAUGUCUUCCUUCUACAUCGGCAUCUGCUAUUCAACAUUGGUAUCGAAAUUACUGUCAAGUUCAAACAUGGCUAGGCAAUUAACUGAACCCAGAAGACCGGGUUUGGACAUUGAUAGAUAAUACUCUAGAGCCGAUUGAAACUUGAAACACUAUUUUUUGCAAAUGCAAAAAAGGUUGUCGUGCAAAAUGUGGCUAUAAAAAAGUCGAGUUGCUGUGUUGUCCAGCGUGUACCAAUUUCCAAAGUCAAUCUUGCUCAAAUUUCCAGUUGAGUUCAAUAGAGGAAGAUCCUGUAGACUUUCAAGAGUAUGAAUCUAAUUAAAAUAUUUAAAGAAAUGAAAACAAUAGUUAACACAUUAAUCAAUAAAAAAUAAGGUAAUAUCUGGAACUUGACGGCUACUGUCUCUUUAAAUUAUCUUAAAAUUGUCAUGAUAGUUAAUGGAGGGAAAACCAAGGUAAAAAACGCGCCGAGUACACUACAUCACAAGUGACGUGGAAAUGUGUGUAUAUCAUGGAUAAAGUGACUCUUAGAAUCGCGAUAUCUCACGAAUGGUAACUUUUAGAAAAAAAUUAAUGGAAGUCAUUUUUGUAAAGAAAUUCAAGAUUUACAACUUUGGAUUGAGGUUUUUUUGACAAAACUCUCCGGUUUCGAGAAAAUUCCAAAAACCUUCAAAUUUUGAUACUUGACCCCGAAUAACUUUUUUAGCACACAUAGGAUCGUUGAGGAUUUUAAAAAUGUUAUUUGUAAUGGUAAACCUCAGCUCUCCACCAAUAUUUGGCUUUCCGGUAAUUUUUCUUAUUUUAAAUAUCUGUAUUGACCGGACUAGUAUAGGUAUAAGCUAACAACCAUAUUGAUUCAGUAGUACCAGAUAUACCUACCUUGAUUUAAUAAUACAAUAUUUUCCAGGCUUAUUGUAAGCAUUUCUGUUUUGUAUUCCAUGUAUGAAGUUAUAAUUUAUUUCCCUUAUUAAUAAAUGAAAAAUUCACU